AUGUCAAUCCCGCAGAUGGCGACAUCGUUUCCUUUCUUAUUGGACACUAUCCUCGCAUUGUCUGCAUUGCACUUGGCCUCGUUCGAAGCCGAUAAUCGUCUCAAAUGGCUAGAUGCUGCCGUGCGUUAUCAAAGUCAAGCUUGCUCUGGCCUUGGCAAGAUUCUACCGGAAAUCACGUUGCAACAAUACGAGCCCGCCUUUGUGUCCUCCGUCUUUAUUAUAAUUUUUGCGACCGGAUUUCAUUCAAUAUCAGCUGAAAAUACCCCCGGCGAUCCUUUCUCGCCAGUCAUCGAAGUUCGCACGCUGCUCAAUGGCGCCUCCAUGCUUUUUAACCGGUUUAAUGAAGUUGGUGCGGAUGGAUCACUGGGUGGCUGGCUUUGUAUACCGGACUCUGUCGAGGCUCUAUGGCAGCCAAAUAAUAAUACUUCAUCACAUGAGAUCAGUGAAAAGUUGUUCAGUUUGCACAAGGAUUUGAUGGCAUCCAUCGGACGGUUAAAAGUCAAAAUCGAUUCAGAGCAAAGGCCGCACCAAGCGGUUUACAAGGCCACUUGGGAACUAUUAAAUUAUGCGAUCGAGCCCUGGCCCAAGAUUGGUGCGCAAGGUGGACCUAUUGCGUGGCCUCUUUUCAUCACAGAUCAGUUUCUUUCACUCCUCCAAGAAGGCAACUGGCUGGCCAAGGUUCUCUUUUUGCACUGGGGCCUGGCUAUGCGGUUACUGUGUAAUCGCUGGUAUGUUCGCGACUGGGGUCGGCAAUUGAUCCUAGCCACGUUAGACCCGUUGAAGGACUCAGAGAUACCCGCUAUGUGGGCGGAUGAUAUAUCUUGGAUAAAAACAGCGGCUGAGAUCAAUGAAUAG